UCGGCUUGCACCGCCCUCCCGAGCUCGCGCCGCCGGGAGGACCCGCUCCGAGAGCAGACGCCGCUCAGCAUCAGGACCAGACGGGCGCCCCUCCGGGAUGCGGCCACGCUUCGGACGGCUCCAAAGUGGACCCAGGUCGAGACAGGACAUCAACUCCAGAGGCCGAAGAGGAGGAGGACGACGACCGCGAGGACGAGGAGGAGUUAGGCGGAAAGCGGGCGCUCGUCGAAGCGCUAUACGGAGCUUCGCCGCGGAGCCAGCGCGGACCGUCCCCGGGUUUCGCGACGACAUCGCCCGGCGCUGCGCUCACCGGAGAUCGCACGUGCCUCGGCGGGUGCUGACGUGGAGCUCUUUUACAUGGAAGGCGGACUGCUUUCAAGUUCACCUCGAGGUGCAGCUGACCACUUCCUGGUUUCCGCUCCGAGUCCACCUGAAGUUGGCCUGACACUUUGGCGACCAUGAGGCUGCCGUGCAAGUGGCUGGACAAGAUGAGGUGCCUGAGGAAACGCUCCACCAUCCCCUUCCUCGGCUUCCUCGUCGCCUUCCUACUCUUACUCAACCUCUACAUGGAGGACGGAUACGUGCUGGAAGAAGACAAGAGGCAGCUUCGGGAAACGUCGGCCCACCCGCCCAGCUCCGAGCGAUACGUUCACACCUUCCGAGAGCUGCGAAAUCUCUCCGGAAGCAUCAACGUCACGUAUCGUUAUCUCGCCGGAACGCCGCUCAACCGCAAGAAGUACCUGACCAUCGGGCUGUCUUCGGUGAAAAGGAAGCGAGGGAACUACUUGCUGGAGACCAUCAAGUCCAUAUUUGACCAGUCCAGCUACGAGGAGCUGAAGGAGAUCAUGGUGGUGGUCCACCUGGCCGACUUUGACCCGGUGUGGUGCGAGAACUUGGUGCAGGAGAUGAGCAGGAAGUUCGGCCACCACAUCAUCGCCGGUCGCCUCCUGGUGAUCCAGGCUCCGGAGGAGUACUAUCCAUCCCUGGAUGGUCUCAAGAGGAACUACAACGACCCCGAAGACCGAGUGCGCUUCCGCUCCAAGCAGAACGUGGACUACGCCUUCCUGCUCAACUUCUGCACCAACCUGUCGGACUUCUACAUGAUGCUGGAGGACGACGUGCGCUGCUCCCGCAAUUUCCUGACGGCCUUGAAGAAAGUCAUCACCUCUAGGGAAGGUUCCUACUGGGUGAUGCUGGAGUUCUCCAAGCUGGGCUACAUCGGGAAGCUCUACCACUCCAGGGACCUGCCCCGUCUGGCUCACUUCCUGCUCAUGUUCUACCAGGAGAUGCCGUGCGACUGGCUCCUCAUCCACUUCCGGGGUCUGUUGGCCCAGAAGGACGUGAUCCGCUUCAAGCCCUCGCUCUUCCAGCACAUGGGCUACUACUCGUCCUACAAAGGAGCCGAGAACAAGCUGAAGGACGACGACUUUGAGGAGGACUCGCUGGACAUUCCCGACAACCCUCCGGCCAGCCUCUACACCAACAUCAAUGUCUUUGAGAACUACGACGCCGCCAAGGCCUACAGCACCGUGGACGAGUACUUCUGGGGGAAGCCUCCGUCCACCGGGGACUUCUUCGUCAUUGUCUUCAACAAGUCGGCCAAAAUCAGCAGGAUCAAGAUCUCGACCGGCUCCGACGACCGGCAGAACGACAUUCUGCACCGUGGAGCUCUGGAAGUGGGGGAGAAACUGGUGGGCACCAAGAAGGGCAAGCAGUGCUCCUCCUACAUCACCUUGGGGGAGUUCAAAAAUGGCAACAUCGAGGUCCAAAACGUGGACCGCAAGAUCUCCUUCGACAUAGAGUGCGUGCGGAUCGUAGUGACGGCCAGUCAGAAGGAAUGGAUCAUCAUCAGGAGUAUAAGUUUAUGGACCACACCUCCACCCAGCCAAUGAGGACUGCGGACUCUUACUACACUUUAGGAAAAACUACUAUUAUUAAGUAUUUCCAGGUUUAUGUUAUCAUUGUUUUUUACCUAUUUAUUGAUUUUGAUCAAUAGUUUUUUUUAUACCUUUGUGGAUCAUCACAGUAUUUAUGUCGUUGUGUCGGACAAGACGACGAAGCAGUUUCACGGUGUGCGGAUGCUGGGUUUCUACCCGCUCUUUUAUUGCCAGUCAAUCCCACCAAGAUCACAUCUAUUGAUCGAGGGGUUGCUAAUUGUAGUCAUGGAUUGGUCUGAGGAACACUUGAUUUCAAAAACAACGCCUGACCCCUGCUGGCUCAGCAUCUCGGGAAAUCAAUAGCAACUUCUGACAUGUGAUCACAGUCCUGGAAUUUAUGCUGAAAUGCGAUAAAUCCAGAAGAAGACCGACAGGGCUUUAUUUGUAAACAUAUUCAUUAUAUUUAUUAAAUGACCCGUAGCGUCAAGAUGACAAAACGUUCACGACCGAAUUCUCCUAAUGUAUUUCAUGCUCCUGAGAAUGAAUCUACCAGUCAUUUCCCACAAAAUCAACUGGUUUUGAAGAUUGGGUAUAUAAAUUACUUAGAACACCUUCCCUUUAUCUCCAAAAUCGACAACAUGAGCCAAUUCCCCCCACAUAGACGAUAUAAAACGUUUAUUUUCAUCGAUUCAUUGCCUGUUUUCGUUGCCCUGGUCCAUGACUACCGUAUUUUUCGGACUAUAAGUCGCAGAUUUUUUCAUUGUUUGGCCAGGGGUGCGACUUAUACUCAGGAGCGACUUAUGUGUGAAAUUAUUUACACAUUACCGUAAAAUAUCAAAUAAUAUUAUUUCGCUCAUUCACGUAAGAGACUAGACGUAUAAGAUUUCAUGGGAUUUAGCAAUUAGGAGUGACAGAUUGUUUGGUAAACGUAUAGCAUGUUCUAUAUGUUAUAGUUAUUUGAAUGACUCUUACCAUAAUAUGUUACGUUGACAUACCAGGCACCUUCUCAGAUGGUUAUUUAUGCGUCAUAAAACGUACACUUAUUCAGCCUGUUGUUCACUAUUCUUUAUUUAUUUUAAAGUUAAUGUUGAUGUACCAAUGAUUGUCACACACACACUAGGUGUGGUGAAAUGUGUCCUCUGCAUUUGACCCAUUCCAUUGAUCACCCCCUGGGAAGUGAGGGGAGCAGUGGGCAGCAGCGGUGCCGCGCCCGGGAAAUUUUAAAUUGCCUUUCAAAUGUCUAUUCUUGAUGUUGGAUUUUAUCAGAGAAAUUUCCCCCAAAAAUGUGAUUUAUACUCCACUACGACAUACCGUAUAUAUGUUUUUUUUCCUUUUUUAUUAUGCAUUUUUGGCAGGUGCGACUUAUACUCCGGAGCGACUUAUACUCCGAAAAAUUCGGUACAUAUAGACUGCUUGAAAAUAUGGGCAAAAAAAAAAAGGAUCCUCUUCCAUAGACUUCAAUCACAGCCUGUGUUUCUUCAUGCUCUUCCUGCAUUUCCUAAAGCGUCUUGAGAAAUACAUCAGUGGAAGAGGACGCAAAAUCCAAUUUUCUCUUUUCAUGCUUUUCUGCAUGUUCUGGCUCAGUUAUUUUCCCCUCGAGGUUGCUCCUGAUUUUCACAAUCGCCUUGGCUUUGAAUCUUUCAUUCCAACCCCGACCAAAUCCCUUCCUUUUCGAAGUAAGACUCAAUAAAAGGAUCGUUGCAAAUUGCACUCCUCUCGCUUGGUCCGUCCCGGUCAAUUUAUACUUUCUUUUUAUUCCCACCAUUUGAAAAUGGCUCACUCUGGCAUCGGGGGCAGCAGCCUAAGUAUAGAAGCCCAGACUCCCCUUUCCCCAGCCACUUCUUCCAGCUCCUCCUGGAGGAUCCCGAGGCGUUCCUAGGCCAGUUGGGAGACAUAGUCACCCCAACGUGUCUUGGGUUUUUCCCAUUGCCUCCUACAUUCCCUAAAAACCUCCCCAGCUCCUCUCAAAGCGGAAGAGCAGCGGCUUUACUCUUGUAUUAUUCCUUUGAAUUCAGCGCAGUAACACGGAUGAAGAUGCCAAUAAAACACUAAACUAUGGAAAAUUUGCGCGUACUAAAACAUGUGCAAACUUGGUAGCACACGCAAAGCUGAUCCACUAAACUUGUGCACAGAGGUUUGUGCCUCUAAAUAUGAAGAAUAUAUGCUAAUCAUCAUAUCGGGAGGAUAAAAUGCAGAUUUAUUUAUUUAGCACACAGCAAGUGAUUAAUCAAGACUAAAACUGUUCUGCAGCCGCUGUUCUGUCUCUUUAUUUAGUAUAUCAAGAAACUGGCAGAAAUCGCUGUGUGUCCUACGUAUGAUUGUCAAGACAUUUGGACUGUCGAAAAAAAAUAUAUAUCAGGCUUAUUUUCUAUUGGACAAUAAUUUAUAAUUUUAUAGCAGCUGGAGGUCUCAAGGGGCUGAUUAAAACGAAUUUAAAUUAUGUGUUUUGCUGGCGUUUGUUUGUUUGUUUGUUUUUAAUGUAAAAGAUAUAUUAUCAACAUAUCUCCUUUAUUAAAAAAAAAAUCUUGCAAUAUGUAUUUUCUUGAACAUUCCAGGGCACGCUCGCAGUUGGUACCUGCAUUUUCCAGCGCCUCUAAAAUGCCCAUAAAAAGUUGUAAAUAUUGUGUAAGGGUGCGACUCUUUGGGCACCUGACAAUUAGAUCUGAUUCCGAUACCUGGGGUGACGUUUCGAUUCGAAAUCCAUUUUCGAUUCAACAUGGAUCUUCGUUCCAACUGAUUCUCGGAAUUUGUUAUUUAGUUUAGUAUUUAAAAGUAGACAGGUUAGAUGUCAGAAAAGCUACUUCUGGUUGCAUAAAGUUGCAUAUAUAUAUAAUACAUAUAUGUGUAUAUAUAUAUAUAUAUAUAUAUAAAUAUAUAUGUAUAUGCCCUGCGAUGAGGUGGCGACUUGUCCAGGGUGUACCCUGCCGUCCGCCCGAUUGUAGCUGAGAUAGGCGCCAGCGCCCCCCGCGACCCCGAAAGGGAAUAAGCGGUAGAAAAUGGAUGGAUGGAUGGAAUAUAUAUGUAUAUAUAAAUAUACAUGUAUAUGUAUGUAUAUAUAUGUAUGUAUGU